AUGGGGUCAUUCAAGAUCAUCGAGCAUGUCCUGGCCGGGCAGCACAUCCGUGAACAUCCCCAUACUCUCGGCACGGGCCGUCAAGAGGGUCUUUUGCACAUUGCAAUCAAACAGUACAUCCCGAUCGACCGACCAGAGCCGGCUCCCGACAAUGCGAUUACGAUCGUCGCUCUGCAUGCCAAUGGGAUUCCGAAGGAACUAUACGAACCACUCUGGGAGACCUUGUAUGAUCAUUUGAAGCAAAAAUCAAUACCACUCCGCGGAAUUUGGAUUGCCGACACUGCCAAUCAUGGUGCCAGCUACCAAAUCUGUUUGAUCACUCACGCGACCUGCUGCACAUGGUCAACUGUUUCCGAGACGAGAUGCCACGUCCCCUCAUUGGUAUUGCCCAUAGCAUGGGUUGUUCGCAACUGUUCGUCGGAUCCCUUGAGUCUUCAGAAUCCUUCUGCUUUCCAUACACCAAGUCAAACUUCAGCUGCCAGUGUCUUCAGCUUACAUUCUCAUCACAGCGUGAAUCUUGCCACCAUACACCCUCGACUUCUUUCGACGAUCAUACUCGUUGAGCCCGUCAUAUUCGCCGAUGGAUGGCAUCCGCCGUUCAAUCCCGCUCGAUUUGCGGCCAAGCGCCAUGAUCUCUGGGACUCACGAGAGGCAGCGGAGACAGACCUUCGUCAAAGCUGCCGUAAAUGGGACCCGCGAGUCGUCGAAUUAUUCCUUCGCUAUGGAAUUCGGCCAGUCCCGACUCUAUUAUAUAACAAUGAAACAGAACCUGAUUUACCUCCGGGGGCAGUGACUCUCACCACUACCAAAUACCAAGAAAUGUGGCAGUACAAUCUUGCGAAUGUGGAACCCGAAUCAGCGGGUUUAGAUCACCUUCUCUUACCGGACUGGGAUACAAAAUUCGCUCGUCCUCUGGGGUAUGCUCGACCUGAGUGUUGCGCAGCCAUGCGCAAUUUGCCCAGUCUUCGACCAAGUGUCCUGUUUGUCUAUGGUAGUCGCAGUCCAUGGGCAAGUCCUGAUCUACAAACGCUGCAUGUCAGCUCCACUGGCGUUGGCACCGGGGGAAGUGGUGGUAUAGAACAUGGGAAGGUGAAAAAAGCUGUCCUCGAGAAGGGGUCACAUGUGCUUCUCCUUGAAGAUGUCGACUGGAGUGCUCAAACUGUCGCGGAGUGGGUGCAGCAGUGGUUCCAGGGCUGGCUUGCGGACGAACGCCUGCUGGCCGGCUAUCAGAGCAAACGGUCAGAGCCUGGGAUGCUGAAGGCCUCAGAGGUAGGUCUGCAAAUAUCCAUAGCAAAGGCCCCUGGCAGCAGACCCAAGGAAAAGCUGUAG